AUGGCGGCAAUCUCGCGUAUGGUCAACGCCAUCAUUGGCUUCCACCAAGGGGACGAACGCCGCGUCAUCGUCUGCUCCAACAACCAAGUCCUCAAAGUGUUCAAGUUUCCUGAGCUGACGACCACGACGACAAUCGAUCUGAGCCGAGCGACCAAUUUUGCUGCUCUAAGCCCCGACGCUCAGUGGAUGGUGGCCGUGGGAGACAGACCAGAGUUCUACGUGUUCAAAGCGUGCGAGAAUGGCUUCCACCUCAAGCACGUCGUCCCGCACAUCGGUGACGAAGUCUCGGACGGCAACGGAAGCAACAUGGUCUGGUGGGAGCCGCAUCCACCCUACCGGUUUGCUGUGGCCUGCGAAGUCGGCGCCACGCUCAUCUUCGCCUACCCUGGAGACGAGGACUGGAGCCCGAAUCCGCUCCACUACCUGUGGAGCCGCGACAUUGCUCCCUGGGCGCACGCCACAUCAUAUCCCGUUCCCGAAAUAACAUGGCGUGAUCAGCUUGACAUUGAGAGCGGGCAGAAGAUGUCGUCGGUCAAGUUCAUCUCCACGAGCAGCGCCACAGAGACCGGCAGCAGUCUGCUGGUUGCCUGCACCGCUGGGCAGCUCAUCCACGUCUUCGACCUGGAGCGAAAACUGCGACAGGCCAUCGAACUCAAGUCGCUCCCCUGCGUCGUCGCCCUCCGAGCCUACGCUUCCGCCGCCGCUGUCACCGCCACCGCGUUGCCGCCUCUGGUGUCGACGUCGCCGCCCUCGGCACCUAUGACGAUCGCUUCGGCGGAAACGGACUUCUCGGCCUCCGGCUCCUCCGCUUCUUCGGAAGGCGCCGCCGCGAUGUCUCUUUCCGAGUCGGAGGAAGACAGCGACAGUGAUAACGGCGGCGAGGAGCAGGCGAUGGCGAUCGAGGACCGACUGCAGACGCUCGAGAUCAGCGGCAUCGUGGCGAGCGCCGACGGGUCCAAGCUCUACGUGAGCUUCGAGGCUGCCCCCGGCGAGGAGGGCUACAUAGUGGAGCUGGUGGUGAACAAGCUGAUGUCGCUCCGGAACCAGUGCAUCCGAUUCGUGAAGCAGAACCUCGGCGCGUGGCGCGGCUUCGACUGGGAGAGACACCUCCCCUCCACCCUCCUCUCCGAGAUCUUCUCGCCCUACAAGUUCCCCUGA